AUGCCACCACAAUCAAAGUCUCACACUAGUCUUGCAUCCCGUAAAUCAUCGGUCUUUUUCAAUCAACCGCCACCACAACCAGAUGUUUACUACGUCGGGGUUGAUGUUGGUACCGGGUCAGCCAGAGCGUGUAUUAUUGAUACCAAUGGUAUAAUUCUUGGAUUGAGUGAAAGACCAAUCACUAGACACGAAUUGAAGCCUAACUAUAUCACUCAAUCGUCGACAGAGAUCUGGAACUCGAUUUGCUACUGUGUCAAAAACUGUAUCAGGGAGUCCGGAGUGGAUCCAAGCGAGGUUUUCGGUAUAGGUUUUGAUGCUACAUGUUCGUUGGUUGCGAUUCGCGAGUCGACAGACCAGCCAGUCGGUGUUGGUCCAGAUUUCAGUGACCACAAGGAGAACAUCAUUUUAUGGAUGGACCAUAGGGCCGUUGAAGAAACCGACACUAUCAAUGCCACCGGAGACAAGUGCUUGAAGUACGUUGGGGGGCAAAUGUCCAUUGAGAUGGAGUUGCCAAAGAUGAAGUGGUUGAAACACAACUUACCUGGAGGAAUCGAGGAUUGCAAAUUCUACGAUUUGGCAGAUUUUUUGACCCAUAAGGCUACAGGUUCUGAGGCCAGAUCAUUCUGUUCUGUUGUCUGUAAGCAAGGAUUCGUUCCAUUAGGAGUUGAUAGCUCUACUACGGGUUGGUCCGAGGAAUUUUUACAUUCCCUUGAUUUGGAUGAAUUGGUCGAAGAUAACUUCCGUAGAUUAGGAGGUGUUCCAGACAAGAAUGGUACUUAUUUGAGUGCUGGUGAUGUUGUUGGAAAAUUGAGUACUAAAGCUGCAGAAGAACUAGGCUUAACCACCGAAUGUGUUGUUGGUAGUGGUGUUAUCGAUGCUUAUGCGGGUUGGAUUGGUACUGUUGCCGCAAAGGUUGAUGUACCACAUUUACACGAAGAAGGUGAAACCUCAAUAGCAACUUCAUGUGGUAGAUUAGCAGCUGUUGCUGGUACAUCAACUUGUCAUAUUGCCAUGACUAAGGAACCAUGCUUUGUUCAAGGUGUUUGGGGUCCUUAUAAAGAUGUUAUGGCUCCUGGAUACUGGUUGGCUGAAGGUGGACAAUCAUGUACCGGUGCAUUGUUGGCUCAUGUUUUGUCAAAUCACCCUGCCCAUUCAGAAUUGGCACACUUAGCAGAUGCCUCGAAUAUUUCUAAGUUUGACUAUUUGAAUUCAACUUUAGAAAACUUGGUUAGUGAAAAUGAUAGUAGAUCAGUCGUCAGUUUGGCUAAGCAUAUGUUUUUCUAUGGUGAUUUCCAUGGUAAUAGAUCACCAAUUGCAGAUCCAAAAAUGAAGGCUUCAAUUAUCGGUCAAUCGAUGGAUACAUCAGUCAAUGAUUUGGCCAUUCAAUAUUUCGGUGCCUGUGAAUUUAUCGCUCAACAGACUAGACAAAUUGUUGAAGAAAUGAAGAAAUCCGGUCAUGAAAUUAGUUGUAUUUUUAUGAGUGGUGGUCAAUGUCGUAACGGUUUAUUGAUGAGAUUAUUGGCUGAUUGUACUGGCUUGGCAAUUAUCAUUCCUCGUUACAUUGAUGCUGCCGUUGUUUUUGGUUCUGCAUUAUUAGGUGCUGUCGCAUCUGAAGAUGCAGUUCGUGAACAUAUUGCUACAAGAGGUAAGUCGAGAAGGUCUUCGGUCUUAUCCACUCAAAAGUCACAAAGUAAUUUAACUGGUGGUGGCGGUCCUCCAUCUCCUUACACGGCGCCAACUGCUACAGCAUCGACGGCAAACAUAGCAGCUUUAGCUUAUGCUAAUGCCAACCCAGGCAGUCAACACUUGGAACCAACCCAGGAAGAAGGCGUUGAUUACUUUAACCAAGCUUCACAAAAACCGGCAAAGGCACUCUCAGAAGAUGAAGAUGAUUCAGAAGAAGAACAAACCUUAUCAUUUGGCUCGAAGCAAAAUGUUCAACAAGGUUUAUCUCAAAAAUUGAACAAGUUAGGUUUGAAGCCAUUAUCAACCCUCGAUAAGAAGAAGUCGACCGGUGAAGCACAACCUGGCGAUAAGUUAUGGAAAAUUAUGGAAAAGAUGACUGGCCCUGGUAGAGUAAUUUUACCUUCUAAGGAGAAUCACCCUGACCGUAGGUUGUUGAAUGCCAAAUACAAGAUUUUCUUAGAGCAAUGUUUCAAGCAACAAGAAUUCAGAAACAUGGUGGAUUUAGUCGAACAGGAAAACUUAAAAUCAUUAAAGAUUAAUUAG